AUGGGCGCCGGCAGCGAUGGUGGUCGCGGCGGCAACCUGAAGAACAUGGUCAUCGCCUUCCUCGUCCCGCUCCCGUCCAUCUUCUUCUACCUCACCUUCGUCCGCCCGCAAGACGACACCCUCAGCGGCGGCAUCCCAAGCCCGUUGACCUCAUGGUGCGUCGCGCACCCGCUCCUCCUCGCCAACGUCCUCUUCCUCCUCAACGUCAACGUCCUCUUCUGGCUCAUCGGCCUCCUCCUCAACAACAACUGGCUCAUCGACCUGUACUGGACCGUCAUCCCGGUGAUGCUGCUGCACUACUUCCGUGGCCACCCGGCUGCUGUGGCGAACACGGUGAGAUCGGCGAUGGUCGUGGCGCUGACCUGGGUCUGGAGCGCCAGGCUGACACACAACUACUUGAGGAGGGAAGGGUGGGUGUUGGGCAAGCAGGAGGACUGGAGGUUCUCCGAUUUGCGCAAACAGUACGGCAAGACUUGGUGGUGGAUGUCCUUCUUCGCCGUCUACGUCUCCCAGCAGAUAUUUCUGAUUGGUAUAUGCUUGCCGAUGUACGCCGUUCACUCCAGCGACCAGCCAUUGGGUAUCUGGGACCUUGUGGCGACAGUUGCCUGCAUCGCCGGAGUUGUCAUCGCUUACUUUGCUGAUACCCAGCUGCAUGAGUUUGUCACCAGCAAUGAAAAACUGAAGCUGCUGGGUGAACCGACGGUCCCUACCCUCGAAGAUGGCAUGUGGGGUUACUCGCGCCACCCUAACUACUUCGGCGAGCAGCUGUGGUGGUGGGGGCUGUACCUAUUCGCCUGGAACCUGGGGCAGCAGUGGAUGUUCAUUGGGGCACUUGUCAACAGCAUGUGCCUUGGCUACGUCACUGUGCUCGUCGAGCGACGCAUGCUGAAGCAGGAGCACCGAGCAGAGGCCUACAAGCUGUACCAGAAGAGGACCUCUGUUCUGAUCCCCUGGUUCAGGGAGGCCAUCCCUGAACCAAAGCAGAAGGAGACCUAGGUUCCAGGUGUACCGUCUUUGUGUUGGUCCUGUUCCUUCUCUGUGCUCGCCGUGUUGUACCUUCUUGUUGUGUCUUGAUUUGGUCGUUUGCUCUGUUUACGUGUAAUUAACUGUAUUAUGCAGCAUCUCACCUGCUAAUGGUGUAUAUUAAUUAUGUAAUGAAGUUAAUCUGUGUAUCU